AUGGCCGAGCCGGGGCCGGAGCCGGGGCGCGCCAGGCGAGUGUUCGCCCUGUGCGGGGCCGCGGUGUUCCUGGCAGCGGUGGCGGCUGGAGCAGCCCUGCUGGCCUGGAAUCUGGCCGCCUCGGCCUCCCGGAGGCCUCACUGCCCAGAGCCAGGGGCCAACACCACGGCGCCGCCUGGAGACCUGGUGCCCGAGGUCGAGGAACUUCGGCGCCGGCUGGCAGAGGCUGCCCAGCGUGAGGAGGCCCUGACCAGGCAGCUGAACCAGGCCGAGGGUGUCCGACAGGAGCUGGAGGAGGCCCUAAGGGGCUGUGAGGGCCGCCAGAGUCGGCUUCAGACCCAACUGAUGACACUGAAGACUGAGAUGGACGAGGCCAAGGCUCAGGGGACCCAGAUGGGGGCUGAGAACGGGGCGCUGACAGAAGCCCUGGCGCGCUGGGAGGCGGCGGCCACGGAGUCUGCGCAGCGGCUGGCCGCGGUGCAGCGGCGCGCGAGCGCGGCGGAGGCCGAGGGUGAAGCCUGCGCAGCCCGGGAGGCGGCGCUGCGCGAGCACGUUUACACCCUGGAAGCCCAGGCCGGUCCCCAGCGCAGAGUGCCACACCCCCGGACCCGCUCCGGGUCCCGACCUCGGCCCAGCCCCCGCUCGCGCUCUCGCCCGGGAACCUCCGGGGGUUGCAGGCGACCAGCGCGGCGCGCACGAGGGUGAGUCAGACCCCAGCUGGAUCAGGGCUCGAGGCCAGGAGGACAGACACUGGGGGCCCUGCUGGACACUUACAGAGGUACCCACGCUGGAUGAGAUGCUCAGUCGACACCCAUCAACGCUCAGCUUUCGACCGACAGCCGCCCUGAACGGAAACUGUGCAGAAAGAAGACCCGACCCUCUCUCCUUGACCAUCUAGUGCUAAUUUUGCAGAUGGGGAAAUUGAGGUCCAUUUGGUCACAAGGUGAGAUAGUGCAGAGCUGGGACUUAAGUCCCCUCUAAGGACAAGGACAGUGCUGCCCUCAUUCCACAGACGUGAGGACUUAGGGUCCAGCCCUGACCUGGGAGUGACCUGAAGGGGUUACUUCUCCUCUCUGGUCCUCAGUUUACCUUGCCUGUAAAAUGAGUGAUCGGAACGGUGAGAGCCAACAUAUCCUUGACACCAAAAGCUGACAAAAAUGGCACAAUAGGAAAACUACAGACCCCUCUCCCUAUGAAGAGGGUACAAAACUCCCAAAUGGAAUUUUAGCAGAAAACCAAAUAACACAUUUUUAAGAUACACCAUAACAAAGUGACUUAUGCCUGAGGUGCAGAGAUGGUUCAAUAUUUAGAAGUCUGUUAAUAAAAUUCACCAUACUAAUGGAUCAAAUGAGAAAAAUUCUGAAAAGAUCAUCAAAAUAGCAAAAAUUUCAUGUAAGUGAGAUUAUACGGUAUUUGUCUUUCUCAGCCUGACUUAUUUCAGUUAACAUAAUACCCUCUAGAUCCAUCCAUGUUGUUGAAAUGCAAGAUUUCUUUUUUAUGAGAAUAUUAUGAGUAAUAUUCCAUUGUGUGUGUAUAUACACACAUAUAUAUAUAUAUAUAUAUAUAUAACAUCUUCUUUAUCCAUUCAUCUAUCGAUGGACACUUAGAUUCUAAUUUCCAGACUAUAAUCAGAUUUUGCCAACUGUUCUGAUAAUGUCCUUUGUAACAAGAGUAUCCUGGCUUACACAUUGUAUUAAUCUGGAACAUUCCUCAAUCUGUCUUUGCCUUUCAUGACACUGGCAUUUUUUAAAAAGCGCAAGCGAGUCAUUUUAUGGUGUCUAGUUUGGGUUUUUGUGAUGUUUCCUCAUGAUUAAUUGGCAUUUUUGGCAGGAAUGCCUCAGAAACAAUUCAACCUAAUAAUAUUAUCUGCUGUUGGUAUGACUAUAUAUAGAAAACCCAAGAGAAUUAAUGGAAACUUUCCUAUAUCUAAACAACUAGGUAGAAAAUCCUUUCAAAGAAAAGAAAGAUCCAUUUCAGAUAGUGUUUUAUAUCCAGGAAUAAACUACAUUCCUUAUUAUGUAAGGAUCUAUUCUAUAUUAAUUUUUCAAAAAAUAACUCAGUAGAAAAUGGUCAAAGAACAUGGGCAGCCUGCAUAGAAAUAUAUAAAAAAGGGGCCCAAUCUCACUUCUAGGGAAGAAAUGCAAACUGAAAAAAAUGUGAUACCAUUUUCUACCCUUUAGUUUGUCAAAGACAAAAAUAAAAACAAAUUAAAAGUUUGUGAAUACGUUGUGUUGGCACUGCUGUUGGGAAGCAAGCAGUCCCACACACUGCUGGUGGGACUGCUCAUUGGUACAACCACUUGGGAGGGCAGUUUUCCAGAAUCUCUCAAAAUUAAAAGUGCACAUAUUGUUUGACCCAUCAACUCCUCUUCAGGCAAUUUUUCUGCAACCAUAUUAUUUUAAUUAAAAACAAUUUUUAAUCUACAACCAUAUUUAAAUGCAUACAAAAUUAUGGACUGAAUGCAGUGGAGAAUCCUGUGUCGGAUCCUGGAACAGAAAAACACUUAGUGAGGAAAUCAAGUAAAGUCUAGAGUUUAGUUAAUAGUAAUAUACGAAGAUUAAUUUCUUAGUUUUGACAAAGAAAUUGGAAGAAGCUGCAUGAGGGCUAUUCAGAGACUCUCUGUAUUAUCUCUGCAAAGUUUCUGUAAAUCUAAACGUAUUCCAAAGUUAAAAGUUUACUUUUAAAAAGAUGAGCGUGGGGGAGAGGAGAAAUGAAGACAUUAUUACCACAUUCUUGGUAAUUGCAAAAAAUUGGAAACAACCUCAGUGUCCAUCAGUUGGGGACUGUUUAAAUGAGUGUCCGUCCAUCCACACCACGGAAUGCUAUACAACUGGUUUGUGUGGGUUUUUUUAUUUUUUGUUUUUGGCCAAGCUGCCCGGCUUGCAGAUCUUAGUUGCCUGACCAGGGAUUGAACCUGCGCCCUCAGCAGUGAAAGUACAGAGUCCUAACCACUGGACAACCAGGGAAUUCCCACUAUAAAACUGUUAAAAAGGCCAAAGCUGAUCUUCUCUGAGACGCAUUAAUGUAAAAAGCAGGAGAGCAAUAAUUUGUGUACGUCUUUUAAAAUUCGGGACUGGGGGAAACUUUUAUCCAAAUAUCUCUGAAGGAAACACUGGUCACAGCUGUGGCCUCUGGAAAAGG